UAUGUGGUACACAUCGAGAGAACAGUCCACAUAGGCUCUGUGAAAUGAAGAUCGAUAUUCAUAAUCACAUUUUACCAAAAGAUUGGCCAAAUCUCAAAGAGAGGUAUGGCUAUGACGGGUUUAUCCAGCUUCAUCACCACUGUAAAGGGGAGGCCCAAAUGAUGAAGGAUGGAAAAUUGUUUCGAGUGAUUCAAGAGAAUUGUUGGGAUGCAGAAGCUCGCAUUCGGGACAUGGAUAAAUCAGGCGUGACUGUGCAGGCUCUCUCCACCGUGCCUGUAAUGUUUAACUACUGGGCUAAACCUCAUGACACCUUGGACCUAUGCGGCAUCCUAAAUGAUGACUUGGCGACCACUGUGCGACGUUAUCCAAAGCGCUUUGUUGGUCUAGGUACUCUCCCCAUGCAGGCUCCCGAUCUGGCUGUGCUGGAGAUGACCCGCUGUGUGAAGGAUCUGGGCUUUCCUGGGGUUCAAAUCGGCUCUCAUAUCAACAACUGGGACCUUAAUGCCCCUGAGUUAUAUCCCAUCUAUGAAGCUGCAGAGAAGCUCAAUUGCUCUUUAUUUGUACAUCCUUGGGACAUGCAGAUAGAUGGAAGAAUGGCUAAAUAUUGGCUGCCUUGGUUGGUUGGAAUGCCAUCCGAGACAUCUAUGGCCAUAUGCUCCAUGAUGUUUGGUGGGAUUUUUGAGAGAUUUCCCAAACUGAAGGUUUGCUUUGCUCAUGGAGGUGGGUCAUUUCCAUACACAGUUGGUCGAAUAGAACAUGGAUUUCAAGUGCGACCUGAUUUGUGUGCUGUGGACAACAAAAUCAGUCCACGGAAAUACUUGGGCUCCUUUUACACAGACUCCCUCGUUCACGACCCCCUUGCUCUUAGGUUUCUUCUUGAUGUGAUUGGAAAGGAUAAAGUUAUGCUAGGAACAGACUAUCCAUUUCCACUGGGAGAGUUGGAGCCUGGAUCACUGAUAGAGUCCAUGGAAGACUUUGACCAUGCAUUGAAGGAGAGGCUACUUGCGGACAAUGCUCUUGAGUUCUUAGGCCUUAAGCGACAACAGUUUGAAUAAACUCGUCAAGGAGCUUGACAAAAGCAUUGCCUAUAGAAGAAUCUUCGAUAAAGACAAAAGAGUAGUUUACAGUCAAUGUUUAGUCUGUGUAUCUGAUGCUACCAGAAUGUGUGAACCUGCCCUUGGCCUACUGUGCAAGAUAUAACAUAGUUGCAAUAAAAAACAUCAUCUCUCUGCUUUGUCCUAAGGAAAUAAUGGGCAGGGAACAUGUUAAUGAUUAAAGUGUCAGUUUUGCAAGAAAUGGCAGUAGUCCCAAAAACAUCCCCUCUAUGCUUUGUCUUAAGGAAAACAGAAAUGGACAGGGGAAAUGUUAAUGAUUAAGGUGCUAAUAGUUUUCCUGUUAAUUGAAACAGAACAUGUAGAUAACAUAUUGCACGAUAAUGGAAAACGUUUGCACCAUAUACGGUAUUAUGGAACAGAUAUGGUAAGCAAUACAUAACACUUGUCAUUAUCAGCACAGACAGAUCAUUCCCUUUUCUCUUGAUUUAGCCUUUCUAUGAGACUUACGAUGUUUUCACUGCAUCGCACUGGAACACACUGAUCCCCAGGACUAUCAGGAAUUUCUCCUUGGGGAUCAAUAAAGUAUCUAUCUAUCUAACUACCCCCUUUUUUGUGUGUGUGUUCCUCUCAGUCUCUCAGGUCUAUGUGAUACAUCCUGGACACAUUGUCAGUGAUGAACUUUGAAUGGUCAGGUGUUUCAGGUUUUAACAUCAAACACUCACCCAGAUAUUGCACGGAUAACACCACCGUAUUUUUCUUUGGUUGUUUAAUUGUUUACUGCACUCAGGUUAAUAAGGGGAGAUUUGGGCACUUUGGGACUUGAGAGAAAACAUAAUGAGCCAUUAAUAAUAGAAUAUGUUGUGCUAGUUUUCAAAAGUCUUAAUGUCACCUUCACCGUCAACUAUGUUGAAUACAAUUUACCAAGCAAUGCCUUUCACAAGUGACAUGCAAAAUAAAGUUGAUGUAUAGAUGGUUGGGGUAAAACUGAUCAAAUAAAACCUUACUGAGAACGAG